AUGGUACCGAGUCACAGAUCCGCUUCCCAGCUAUGGGCUAUUGCUCGGCGGAAGCUCUUCACUCGGCGGAAGCUCUUCACUCGGCGAGAACUCAGGAGCAGCGAGCAUGACUACCCCCAACACCGUUCCUUUAUUUCUGUUUCCUCUUCUUCGUUCAGCGAGCACACUGACGGCUUCUACAAGUACUCGUUGGAAGUUCUACAACAGAGUGACGAAGAAUACAGAGAUACGGUUGAGAGCAUGGGACUGCGGUCUUCGGACAGCACAGGGAUGUCGUACACGUCAGCUCGAACGGCCCCUGCCGAAUUUCCUUUCUCUCCUUACGCCGUCGGCGCUGUCGAAUGGAAUACUGUCACGGGAUAUCUCAAGAAUCUGGAUGAUGCGCAGGGUUAUGAUGUUUCAUCCUGGAGGAACAGUGUGCUGGCUGUAUACGUGAAGGUGUACACCGUCGCUAAAGUGGUCUUCAUGUGCUUCAUCCACUAUGGCGUUGAACUGGAUGGAUUUCAGGGCGGCCUAAUGGUUUGCAUCAGAGACGCAGAAGAUGCCAUCGCGUCCAAAAAGAUCGCUCCCUUGGUUGAAUGCGUUGAGAAGUUGUACCACGCCCUUUACGCGAGGCUUAUGAUGGAGCUUGUCAUGGUCGACCUAUGCUCUUGCUUCAGUAUCGAGGUAACACGCGUUUCUUCGCAUAACAACUUCAUGCUCCCUGAGCCACGCCACUUGUACAACAUAUUCUUGACCUGCAAGCAGAUCCUCGACAGCCCGACUGUCUGCAAGAUCUUUAACAAAGAAUCUGUUCGGAAUUAUCAGGCUACUUUAGUCCACCGCGCUGUGACAAAGGUCAACAGCAUGCCGUUCGCCUUGGACGAUCUCAUCGGAUAUCGGAGAUUUACCCUUGGGAUUAUCGACAACCCGGAUUCUUCAUUUCGCCAGAAGUGGGCUGGGAGUGGCCUGAUCUACCAUAUGCCACCGCCCAAGGUCCUCAUCGUUCAUUCUGAGAGAUACAUGUCCUUCACACCGAGGAACACUUAUCAGUUUAUGAUCCCCCAGCAGCCCCUUCCCUUCAUUCAGCGGCACAAUGUCGACCCAGCAUUCACGGAAAGGGCACGUACUUCGGAUCACCGGCAGGCCGCGCUAGCCAUGCUUGAAGGCAUGACUGUGGGUGUUCUCCGAAAUCAGGGCACCAUGCAACAGCUGAUCGAAUACGCCAAACGGAGAAAGUGUGUGUGCCAAUCGGCCUGCAAUUGCGGCCAGGAUUGUACCCAGGAUCCGGACCGUCUCUGCCCCUGCGCGGAGUGGAAUAUGAUCCUGUUACUGAGUCAGGUUAACGCAAACCGUGGGACUCUUGGGAUUCGCGACCGGUGCACGGUUCUUUCGAAGGCCGUGUUCCAAGAGCUUUCUUCCAUCCGGGAAGAUGUUGACGUCUUUGUGAUCGGAUUGGCCCUGAACCGGGCUGUUAGGAUCUUCGGCGAAGAGAUGCAGAAAGAAUUGUUUGCCGGCAUCAUUUGA